AUGCGGCGCGCGGGCGUGCCGCCGCAGAACGCGCUCGCCAGCGACGCGGCCAAGCCCAGCCAGAAAAUCACCCAGGCCGCGCACAAUCCUGGCAAGCUCUUCAAAGACAUAACAAAGCGCACCCCUGAAGAGGAAGAGGAUACUGACGUCUACACGUGGACACCGCCGUGCCAAUAUAUAAGCCAGAACGGUCUUCGACAGGGAGCCAGUAGGCCAAAGCAGACUGGCAUGCUUAUCAAGAAGGCGAUGCAGUACAUCAACAACAAGAAGCCCAGGAUGACGAUCUUCGAAAACGCUUUCACGAUGACCCACAAACAAUUCAAACCCGUGCUGGAUGGCGUCGUCAAGGCCUUGACCAGCAUCGCCUACACUGCGAACUACAGCGCGCUGGGUUCACGUGACUACGGCCUUCCACAAGAUCGACGCUGGGUGUUCGUGGUGGGCACCAGGACAGACGCCAUCAAGCAUGCAUUCAAUUGGCCCCAUGUCACAAAGCCUUGCCCCAGCAUCAACGCGAUCUUGGACGCUUGGAAACCCACCGACAGGGCGAGCCGCCUGCCUACUGUCGAGCGCCAAAAGGAUGCGUGCAAGACGGCCUACAAGGAGUGUUUCGCUUACGGGCGCGACCCUCGUUCCACGCCCAUCCUGUUGAUCAAGCUACAAGGUUUCGAACUGACUGAUAUCCCGUGGACGACGCAGCAGAUCAGCAAGCGCCAGGCGGGCCAACUCAUCGGCAACGCUGUGUCCGUGAACACGAUAGAGGCAAUUCUCGUGGAGGCCCUGUGGAGCUCAAGUUUGGUCGAGAAGAAGGAUGAGAACACCGACGAGGCCAAGGAGCGGCUUGAAUGGGCGGUCGGCGAACGACGUUCAAUGCCUGCGACGAUGGCGGAUGUGGCUGACGAAGGGAUGCGCUCGACGAGAAUGCUCGGCAAUGAUGACUACGAGGUUUGGCACGUCAGCGGCAACUCGCGGAGCAUGGGUUUCGAGCGCGCUGUCCCUCGCGACAUUGUUAACAGGUGCAUUCAGAGGAUGAGGUCUUACAUGGACAUGUUUCUCCAGACCACUCUGGACUUCCCCAAUCGUGACCUCAGCAAAGUCCGGCGCAUGUGGCUCGUGCGGGCGCCCUAUAAGUGCAGAGGGCCCCACGCAUUGACAAAAGGGGUUAAGAGAACACUGCGAGUGAUGAUGGGGGGCGAAGCUGAAUUCAUUCGUCAGCGCCGCAAGGCUGCGAGGCUCGCUGACGAUUCGAUCAGGGAGGUCUGGCCAGGCUCGAACUGGCGCGCCACGCGCCAGGAGGAGCUCGACUUUCUGAAGAACAGGUGCGAUGCCAAACGAUUCAUUGCAUACUCGGCGAACGUCCUCCCACCGCAGGAAGUGGCGCAUGCUGUCUGCGAAGGCGCCGCCGCCAGACACAAGGAGCAACUUCCUGAUCAGUUGGCCUGGGCGCGUAAGACCGAGCGCGCGCGAGCGGCCGCGCCGGGCGCGCCAGCGGCCGCGCUCCUAGAAACUGUCAAGGGGAAACCAGUUUUCGUGGAUAUAUAUUGCGGGUCACAAGAGGUGGCUGCCGCACUCAUCGCAAAUCGCUUGAAAUAA